GUCAAGCGCCACAAGCCGCGAGUCUGUGUACUAUUGCCAUUGGUUGUUCGGCUUGGCGCGCCAUCAGUCCCCACGAAACAGCCUGGGUACAGCUGGACGGCUGGACGUUGUAUAAUCGAUAAUGGGUGAACCGCAUUUGACUGCUCCUCGCUUGUCAGUGCUGGUUCAGCGUAGCAUCAUUCGCAGUGGUAGCAUCCAUGCUGUGCCAUGAUACGUGAUAGUGUAGCAAAAGUAUUGAAUGGUGCAUAUGAUGAUUAUGAAAAGCUGUAACAGCUUUAACGUGAUCUCUUAGAUACGAAGUGACAAUGGAGGAAGACAACUCUUCACCUGCCCAAAGCCGUGCGAGCAUCGCGUCUUCGCUUGCUGACAAUGCGUCUGAAGACAACGAGAGCCUCGAUGGAAGCUCGCACGUGAUGGGGUUGAGUGAAGAAUCUCGUCAGUCCUAUUCACAUCAUUCAUCUGUUACCAUUGAGCCUGACGAGGAUGAAGAUGGUAACCCUGCGCAGGAUGAGCAGACCACAAAUGGUUUGUCUUCCAUUCCCAAUAUUACGGUCCCUGGAAAGGGAGAUGGCAUCUCUACAGCAUCUCUGGCGGGCUCCCUGGCGGCCCCGGAGUCCGUCGCUGACAAACCAUCAGAACGCGAGAUGGACAGCGCUCAGAGCAGGACUCAGGAGCCCGCUCUGACGGGUAACGACUGGGAUCAGACGGGCGACAAGUACCUGCUGGCCAACAGUCUGCUCUCCGAGGUGGACGCACAGGUGGUUUAUGCCCUUCUGGACGAGUACAACCAGCAGCUCGAGGUGCUGGGAAAGAUAAUCGCCGCGCCUUACAUCAAAGACUACGUCGAUGAAAAGGAGACGUUGCGACAAAGGUUCCGUCGGGAGGAGGAUGAGCCGCUGAAAAUCCGCAGCAAUCGAGGUGAUCACAUCGUGCCGGCUAACCCCAGUCUGGUGAAGAUACAACAGGACCGGGCCUACCUCAGCAAGGUGCUGGACCGUCUAAUGAAGGAGCUGCGCAGGGAGAACUCGUACGUUCCUCUCAUUGAGGCCGUGGAAGCCGAGGGCAUCCGGCGGCAGGAGUUUGUCCUGAUCGAGGAGGAUGCCAUUGCGAAUUCGCAGCGCAUUGCUGAGCUGAGAAAGGAAAUCCGCCAGCUAAAAGUCUCAAUGGUGGAAGAGAUCAGAGACCGCGACGAGACCAUUUUGGAACUAAAGGACGAGCUGCAGGAGGUGCUGGCCCGAACCGGGAUGGAGAUGCGCUACACGCAGGCCUCCAUGCAGGCGCGCCUGGUCACCUCAGACGGGCAGCUGGAGACACGACGGAUGGCCAAACGACAGGAGGCCGAGCACGCCCGCGUCAUGUGCGACUACGAGACCCGGGUCAACACCGAGAUCGAGAGCCAGCUCAGGGACUCGCUCGAUGAGCUGAACGAAACUCUGGAUCAGAGGUUGACCAAGUUCGACGUGGACACGGACGCUAAGGAACGCGAGCUGAGCAACCUCAAAUACCAGAAGCAGCAAAACUUCCAGGCGCUGUGCGAGGUGAAGGACCGGUUCGCCGAGUACACGCGCGUCAUCGAGGAGGACGACGAGGAGCUCCGAGAGGAGGAGGAGCGACUCCAGGAGGAGGCGCGCAGGGUGCACGCCGCCACCGUCAUCCAGGCCUACUGGAAGGGAUACGCCGAGCGCAAAAAGUUCAAAAAGAAACUCAAAAAGGCCAAAAAGGCAGCCAAGAAGGCAAAGAAAGACGCCAAGAAGAAGAAAUGAGGUGGUAGUUGCUUUUUCGGCAGAGUGCUGUGCUUUGUGCGAAUACGGGACCACGUACGCUGCGUGGUACGUAGUGACGCUGUGUGCCGUACACAGACAAUUUUCUUCAACAGCACGCAAUAACUUGCAAACUAAUAAGAAUAAAACAUGGGAAAGGCAUGA